GGGCUGGAUAGCACGGAGCGGCGUCUGUCUGGGGUGUCUUUGGAGGGCACGGUGGAGUGGAGGGGUGGCAGGGAGCACUACCCAGCCUCCAGCCCAGCCGAGAGGUCCCCCCCUCAGGGCAGCUACAGCAUGGGUUUCCCCUCUCCUCUAAGUCCUGGUGUAGCUACACCCUCUACUCCGCCUGCCUACCAGUGGGGACCUGCUAGAGUCAGCACUAAGCCCAGGAACAGACUAAGCCAGGUGCUGAGUGCUGAGCAGCAGAGGGCGCUGUGCCGACUCACGGCUGUGGCCAGAGGCUUCCUCAUCCGCAGGCUGCUCAACACAGAGAAGGUCAAACACCUCAGACAGACAGUGCAGGACACGCAGGAGUUUAUUGGCUCCUUCCACACUGAUGUGCCCCCGAGAAGAGCCUCCCUCUCACCACAGGACCAGUCCCUGCAGGAGAGAGUAAGAGCGCAGCUGCGUGCGGCCCUGUUUGACAUCCAUGACAUCUUCUUUGAGCUGAGCCUGGAGGAGCGCCUGGCUCUACUGCAACAGGACCGAGAGCUACGCACCGAGAGAAAACUGAGGGACAUGGAGAAGGCCAAGGCCCCUAAGGACCGCAGGUGUCUGUCUGCUGCCACACAGAAGUCCCUCGACCGGAAGAAGCAGAGAGUGGGGGAAUCUCCAGGCCCAGUGAGGAAGACACAACAGAAGCCAAAGAGCCCUACGACUAACCGGAUACUGCAGCCCAGCCAGGGUCAGAAUGCCCCGUCCCCUGGCAACCUCUACCGCCAAGGGUGAGUGGCACGCAGUU